UAAAAUCCCCUGUUAGAUGAUAACUAGUACCAGCACCGUGUGCAAUCUUCAAGCAACAGAAAAACGAGGAGAACAAACACCAGCCAAUGCCUUCCUUCACCGUUCCUCCAGUUGUGACGUUCGUGCUGCUGCUCAUCUUGGCCUCUACUGCCACCGCAUGCACCGAGCACGACAAGCAUAGCCUGCUCGGGUUCCUGGCCGAGCUGUCGCGAGAUGGCGGCCUUGCCAUGUCAUGGCGCGACAACGGGACAGACUGCUGCGAGUGGGAAGGCAUCACCUGCAAUGAAGACGGGGCCGUUACUAAGGUCUCCCUAGGAUCUAAAGGACUUGAAGGGCGCAUCUCUCCAUCCCUGGCCGACCUCACUAGCCUGCUACAUGUCAACCUCUCGUACAACUCCUUCUUUGGUGGCCUUCCACGGGAGCUCAUGUCCUCUGGGAGUACCAUCGUCCUCGACGUCAGCUUCAGCCGGCUCAAUGGACCGCUGCCUGAACUGCCGUCUUUGGUUACCACCGACCGGCCUUUGCAGGUACUCAACAUCUCAAGCAACCAGUUGGGCUCAGAAUUUCCAUCAGCCACAUGGAAGAUGAUGAAGAAUUUGAUCGCCCUCAACGCCAGCAAUAAUAGCUUCACUGGGUACAUGCCAUCUUCUCUUUGCAUUGGCUCACCAUCUUUGACUUUGCUUGACCUCUGUUACAACCAAUUGAGUGGUGACAUUCCCACCACACUCGGUGAUUGCUCCAAGCUCAAAGUGCUCAAGGUUGGCCAUAACAACCUAAAUGGGACUCUCCCUGUUGAAAUCUUUCGCGCUACCUUGCUAGAGUACCUUUCCUUCCCCAACAAUGGUUUACAAGGAGAGCUUGAUGGAGCACAGAUGGUCAAACUCAGUAAUCUGCUUACCCUGGACCUUGGAGGGAACAAUUUCAGUGGCAACAUCCCAGAGUCCAUAGGUCAGCUAAGGAGGCUGGAGGAGCUCCAUUUGGGUAAUAAUAACAUGUCUGGGAAGCUGCCAUCAACUCUGAGCAACUGCAAAAAUCUCAAAACCAUUGAUCUGAAGAUCAACAACUUCAAUGGAGAUAUAGGCAAGGUAAACUUUGCCACGCUGCAGAAUCUAAAAAGUUUAGAUCUCAUGAGGAAUAAUCUAAGUGGCGUACUUCCAGAAAGUAUUUACUCAUGCAGCAAUUUGACUGCACUGCGGUUGUCGGUCAACCAUUUCCAUGGUGAGAUCUCCUUGAGAAUAGGCAAUCUGAAGCACCUGUCCUUCCUAUCACUUGUUAGGAACUCCUUCACGAACAUCACAAAAACUUUGCAUGCCCUUAAGAGCUGUAGGAACAUCAGCACCCUGCUUAUUGGCAGAAACUUCAUGAAUGAGGCCAUGCCACAAGAUGAAGUCAUUGACGGCUUCCAGAACCUUCAAUAUCUCUCUGUGCACGACUGUUCGUUGACUGGAAAGAUACCUAUUUGGUUGUCAAAGCUCACAAAUCUGAAGAUACUAGGCGUGUACAGCAAUCAACUCACAGGACCAAUGCCAAGCUGGAUCAACUCUCUAAACCACCUCUUUCAUUUGAAUGUAUCUAACAACAGUCUUACUGGGGAAAUCAUAAUCACCUUGAUGCAGAUGCCAAUGUUUAAAUCAGAUAAGGCUGGCAUCUAUUCGGAACAAGGCCUCCUUGACCUUGGUGUAAUUACUUAUGCUACAGAUCUAUCACCGCUUCAAUACCGCAUAGGCAGUACUUGGCCCAAAGUGUUGAAUCUUGGUAAGAAUAAAUUCACGGGUGUGAUCCCCCAAGAGAUUGGUCAUCUGAAAGCACUCCUUUACCUAAACUUGAGUUCCAACAAUUUUUAUGGAGAGAUCCCACAAACGAUCGGCAACCUCACUAACCUUCAGAGGCUAGAUUUGUCCAAUAACCAUCUGACUGGUGAAAUUCCUGCGUCAUUGCAGACCCUUCACUUCCUUUCAGAGUUCAACAUUUCUAACAACGACCUAGAAGGACCUAUUCCAACAACAGGCCAGCUGAGUACAUUUCAAGCUUCUACUUUUAAUGGGAACCCAAAGCUAUGCAGCUCUCUGCUUUUGAACCAUUGUGAUUUAGUUGAAGCACCUCCCAUCUCCAUCAUCUCUGCAAAACAAUGCAGCAAUAAGGUCAUCUUUGUAAUUGCCUUUGGUGUGUUCUUUGCGGUAGGAGUGCUAUAUGACCAGUUAGUAUUAUUCAGAUAUUUUGGCUAAGCGGCUUAGCCCACUUCACUGUAAUCUGAUCAAGUAUGCAAUGGUCUGGU